AUGGAUUUUAUUGAUUUGGUUGAGAGUAGUCCUGAACCUUAUGAUGACCACCGAACUUCAGCAUUUCAAAUGGAAGGAAGUCGAACAGUAAAACCUGAACGUGGCGGUAUUAGAUGGGGAACAAACAGUAAUUUAAACGAUCAAAGUUCUCUGACUGUUCCUGGUGGAUUUGGAUUUGCUCGAUCUCGUAGCCGUAUUGAUGAUUAUACAGAUUCAUUUGGAAGAGUGGAAUCGACACAAUUUUUCAAUCGAUCAACAAAUGGGACUCGUUUCUUUGAAAAUAGAUUGUCUGAGGGAGGGGGAAGAGAAAAUAGAGGAGUUUUUGAAAGAGGACGAAAACUUGUUUCGGAAAGAGGUGAGGGAUAUGAGAAUCAAGAUGUCGGUGGUGGCUUUUUCUCAUCCGGACUUAAUCUGCAAUUACUUCAUCGUAGUGCACGUCAUGCAGACAAUAAUGAUUUGUCUCAACAGUCUGCAACCAUUGAGAGUUCAUUGAAGCGCCAAUCUUUACCAAUUAUUUAUGGAACUAGAAAGAGGCAAUUUUUUGACGAUCCUCCUGUUACAAUUAAACGAACUGUUGGAAAUAAUUCCUUACAAACAAAUGAAUCUCAUAUGUCUCUAGCUGCUAAACAGCCUCGAUUUUCUUUUGUUUCGUUUUUGGCGUUUGAAAUGCGACAAGAAACAAAUUUUAUCAAUUCUUUGGAUGAUCCAAUAAAUGUUAAUUUAAAUCAUUCUAAAAGACUCUUGAAUGCAGAAGUUAGUAGAUUGGAAGAAUCUUAUAAUACGGAAUGGUUAGAAUUGGAUAAUAAAAGAAUUAAAAUUUGUCGUUAUGUUUUGGUACCGACUUAUCGAUAUCCAAAAGAAAUUGAAUUGCUUACUUCUGGUGACCCUCGUUAUGCACAUUUUGCUGGACCUUUGCAUGUUCGAGUUGAUGUUUAUUCUGUUCCACAUAUUGCCCAUAUGCGAAUGGCUGCAGUUUUAAAUUUGCUUCAUAAGGCGUUUAUUCCCGUAAUUUAA